CAAUAACCGAUUAUUUUGUGCAUCUGUUUUGUUGUUGUUUACGCAAAUUGUUUACGAAAAUUAUUUAUUUACCGCUGGAGCAGUGAUUUUUCGCCAUGGAUUUCGACAGUCCCGAGGAGAAGGAGUUCCCCGGGCUGUACGCCUCGGAGGCGGCGGAUGCCAGGUCGAAGAAAAGCAAGGAGGAGAGCGACUUCAGCGAGGACCACGAACACAGUAAGAAGGACCUGUUGAUCGGCCGGCGCAAAGACAAAAAGGAGAAGGGCAAGGAUAGAGGAUAUGCUGCGUUAGAAGGAGAGAGUUCACCAGAGGAGGAGUUGGACACAAAAAGCCCUUCAAAGUCCAAAAAGUCCAAGACAUUUAAGUUUACCAGCUCCAAGAGCAAGGAGAAGCGUGAAAAGUCUCGCGACAAGUCGGAAAAAGAUUCCAAGCACGCAGAGGAGGAGCCUCAGCCGGCACACAAGACCAAGGACAAGGAAAAGGAGCGGGACAAGGAGAAGGAGCGCGAGGAGCUCAAGAAAAAGGACAAGGAGGACAAGCGCAAGGAGAAGGACAAGAAGGCCGACAAGAAGGAGAAGAAGGACAAGAAGAGCAAGCAGCUGUCGCAGCAGCAGGACGAUGCCUCCGCCGCGGAGGAGGUGCUGGCCCUCGGUUACCCCGUCUUCGGGGUCUCCGUCAGCCUGGCCACGGAACGGUCCCGCUGCCACGACGGCGUAGACAUACCUCUGGUUGUGCGCGACUGCAUCGACUUCCUGCAGGAUCACCUGAAGUGCGAGCAGAUCUACAAGGUUGAGCCCAUCAAGACGCGUCUGAUGCACUACAAGCGGUUGUACAACAACCGGGAGCACGACUCCGCCGUCGAUGAGCUCAACCUGCCCACCGCCUGCAGUCUGCUGAAGCUCUUCCUGCGCGAGUUGCCGGAGCCCCUGCUGACCACCGAUCUGGUGGCCCGAUUCGAGGAGGUGGCCUCCCAUCCAAGGGUCACAACGCAACAGGCAGAGCUGCAGCAGCUGCUCGAGCAAUUGCCCAAGUGCAACCGCACUCUGUUGGCGUGGGUUGUGCUCCACUUCGACGCGGUGAUCCAGCAGGAACAGUACAACAAGCUCAACGCCCAAUCACUGGCCAUGCUACUCAGUCCCACGCUGCAGAUGUCCCACCGGCUGAUGGUGGCCCUGCUCUGCCACUGCAACAACUUGUUCCCGGACGUCAAGCUGAUAAAGUAUGUGCUCCCGCUCACUUCGGCCAGCCCAAAGCUUCCGGAUACUCCAGAGGACAUCCAGACGGAAUUGCGCAAGCAGGACAGUCUUCUGUCCCAGAUCCACAGCGAGAUGAACGCCGGUUUCAUUACCAAGAAACGCGAGGAGCAGCUUUGGGAAGUGCAACGCAUUAUUACACAGCUCAAGCGGAAGUUGCGCACCUUCGAGAAGAAGCAGGAAAAGUCUGUGGAGGAACUGGACAACAGCAGCAGCGCUCCGCCAGCGGUCGUCAGUGAGGACACCACUGAUUCCAAGCCAGCAGUCGCUUCGGUCACAGUAGCAACCUCCACUCACAACAGUAUUCCCCCCGAUGAGUUACCAAAGGCUCCCAACGACUUUACCAUCGAUGCCGCCACUGGUUUCAUCUUGCUACCCAAGUCGAAUCCACACCGCGAAAACUUACUGCGGCUUCAAAUCGAAUACGACGAGUUGAUGGAAUGGCAGAACGAACUGAAAGCCCGCAUCUUGUCGGAACGCAACGAAGUGUACAGGCUGAAGCAGCUGUAUGAAAAGCAGUCCAUCAACAGCCAAAUGGCAGCGUUGGCCGUGGAACCCCAGGCUCCGCCGGAGUCAGAAUAUGAACGAAUAAUCGAACACUACACUCGCGAGAACGCGUUGCUGGAGCACAAGAAGAACAUGCUGGGCAUGGAGCUAAAGGAGGAACGGAGGGCCUGCAUCGCCCUGCAAGUCGAGCUGCGGUUGCAGCAGUUUUAAUGUAUUGAUAUCGCUAAUGUAUUACUAGGAUGGGUCAAUUUGUGGGAUAAACUUGAUCUUAUCCCGGAAACUAAAGGUUCCUUCUUCAAAAUAACAAAGAGACUACAAUUCAACAUUUAAGCUCAUCGAACAAAACACCUAUUUCAAAUCAUCAUAUGUUAAACUAAAGGAAACCUUUAUAAAAUAUAGACUUAGGACUUUUUUGAAAAGACAUGGUUAUCUCAGAACAGACUUUUCUUGAAAGUUUAAAAAUAUUGUAAAAUAUAAAAAAAAAUUAUUUAACAGUUUGUAGAACAAAAUGUUAUUUAUAAAGUGGACAAAGGAUAGUCUUGAAUGCGAUUCAAUUGUUAAUUUGGAAGGAACCAAGUUAGUUUUUGAAAUUACCCACCAAACUAAUUGUAAAUAAGUUAAACCAUUUAAAUCUCAAUGUCUAAAAACGAUCAAAUGCUUUGUUUACAUUAAAGUUUAAUUGUUGAAAUGGCGAAAAGCCUCAAAAA